CAGGGCCCGCCCACACGGGUCCUCCCAGUGACCAAUCGGCGUCAGAGCAGAGCGGUCCGUAGCCUGCCGUGUCCCACGUGACCCCCCUCAGUGGUUCCCAGGCGGUCAUACCGAGCAGCCGAGACCAUGCAUCAGCGUGUGACGUUGUUCCUUCUUGUGGCGGCGGGCCUCCUCUUCCUCAGUCUGGCCCCCGUCUCUUGGGCUGAGGGCGGCCUGGAGGAAGGUCUAGACGAUGACCUGGACGUGGAGGACGAGCUGGAUCUGGGUUUGGCCGGUACCGACGACGAAGGGGAAGGACUGGAAGAAGAGGGGGAAGACGAAGCCCCGCCAGCCCCUAAAACCCCCCCAGUACCAAAGGUGACCUACAAGGCCCCGGAGCCGGUGGGGGAGCACUUCUUUGCAGAGUCUUUUGACCGCGGGACCCUGGACGGGUGGGUUCUGUCCAAGGCCAAGAAGGACGCCGCCGACGAAGAGAUCGCCAAGUAUGACGGGAAAUGGGCCGUGGAGGAGAUGAAGGACAGUAAGCUCCCCGGAGACAAAGGUCUGGUCCUGAAGUCCCGCGCUAAACAUCACGCCAUCUCUGCCCGGCUGCUGCGACCUUUCACCUUCGACACCAAACCGCUCAUCGUCCAGUACGAGGUCAACUUCCAGUCUGGCAUCGACUGCGGCGGCGCCUAUGUCAAGCUGCUGACAGAGACGCCGGAGCUCAACCUGGACCAGUUCGUGGACAGAACCCCGUACACCAUCAUGUUUGGACCGGACAAAUGUGGGGAAGACUACAAGCUGCACUUCAUCUUCAGGCACAAGAACCCAAAAACGGGAGAGUACGAAGAGAAGCACGCCAAGAAGCCCGACGCUGACCUGCGCUCCUACUUCACCGACAAGAAGACGCACCUGUUCAGUCUGGUGGUGAACCCCGACAACAGCUUUGAGGUGCUGGUGGACCAGACGGUGGUCAACAGCGGGAACCUGCUCAAGGACAUGACCCCACCUGUCAACCCCCCUGCUGAGAUCGAGGACCCCGAAGACCACAAACCGGAGGAUUGGGACGAGAGGCCCAAGAUCCAAGAUCCGGACGCUGUGAAGCCCGAGGACUGGGACGAGGACGCCCCCGCCCAGAUCCCCGACGACAACGCAGUCAAACCGGACGGCUGGCUGGACGACGAACCCGAGUACAUCGGAGACCCUGACGCCGUCAAACCUGACGACUGGGACGAGGACAUGGACGGCGAAUGGGAGGCUCCCCAGAUCCCCAACCCCGCCUGCGAGAGCGCCCCCGGCUGCGGUGAAUGGAAACGACCAAUGAUUGACAACCCCAACCACAAGGGCAAGUGGAAGGCCCCCAUGAUCGACAACCCCAACUACCAGGGCAUCUGGAAACCCAGGAAGAUCCCCAACCCGGCCUUCUUUGAGGACCUGGAGCCCUUCAGGAUGACGGCCUUCAGCGCCGUGGGGCUGGAGCUCUGGUCCAUGACCUCCGACAUCUUCUUUGAUAACUUCUUCAUCACCAACGACCGCAACACGGCCGACCGCUGGGCCGCUGACGGCUGGGGGCUGAAGAAGGCCGCAGAGGGGGCCGCCGAGCCUGGUCUGGCUGCUCAGAUGCUGACGGCUGCAGAGGAGCGCCCGUGGCUUUGGAUCGUCUACGUUCUAACCGUCGGUCUGCCGCUAGUCCUGCUGUUUGUGUUCUGCUGCUCCGGCAAGAAGAAGAGCACGGCGUCUCCGGCAGACUACAAGAAGACGGACGAACCGCAGCCUGACGUGAAGGAGGAAGAGGAGGAGGAGGAGGAGGAGGAAGAAGAGAAGAGUCCAGCUGCAGAGAAGAACGAUGAAGACGAUGAAGAGGAGGAGCAGAAUGAGGCGGCGGAUGAGCAGAAGCUGGAAGAUGAGCUUCGAAGAUCUCGCAGGAACCGGACCAGGAAGGACUGAGGUGUCGGUCCGAUUCCCCUCCCCCUCCUCAUCUCCUCCUCCUCCUCCUCAAAGGAACCAGUGAAGCAGCGACACCAGCGGGACGUUGGCCACCCUUCCAGACGGAGAGAAAGUCCAGCAGGACUGAGUCUGUGUGACUGAAAGCAUUUACCUGAGAUUCACUAAUACUUCCUGCAUCAUUCCUGAAUAGGCUCCGCCCCCACCUCUGCCAGUCUGCUCCAGGGACCGCCGGUCAGCCAGCCCCCUCGCCACCUAGUGACCAGACUAACUACUAACAGCUGCUAGUUUCUGAAGUAAAGGUUUAGCUGCCGGACCCCAAACCGGAUCAGAACAUCAGAACACGAGCUGGAAGCUUCCUUUGAAAACUUCAACCUGACGGAUCCUCAGGUUCUGCUGUUCUUGUGGCCUGUCUCGGGUCAGAACCGGGCUUUUGGCGGUCCUGUUAGACAGAAGUAAACUCACCGUGAUGAUGUUGACCCCCUCCCCCGAUCCCACGCUGUGGUUUUUGUCUGUUGAUCAUGUGAUGUCAUGGCGAGGCAGUCCGUCACCGCCGUGGCCGUCCUCUGCUCCGCCCCUAACGGCAGAAAACCCUUCACGUCUAACUCCGCCCCCUGGUGAACUGAGGAGCUGCAGCUUCGUCCUUGGUUGUAGAUCAGCAGCACUGUGGACCCCCCCCAUUCUGCAGUGCAGCGAUGCGUUCAAAGACUGAGCACUGAACUCUGGACCUGCUGGUAAAACUUUAACUCUUAGUCGCCUCCGUGUGCUGGCCCGGCCCGUUUGGACCAACACGCCGCAAGAUUAGAAAAUACUGUGAUGAUGCAGGCUGGUGUGUGUGUGUGUGUACGUGUGAGUCCAAUUUGUUUUGAAUAAAAAGGCCAAAUGGAACCAGA